AUGCAAAAAUUCGCAGUUGAACCAUAUCUAAUGAUUGCCACAAUUUGGAACAUGUUUCUCGGAGUUUCCCUAAUCAUCCUAAGCAAACUUCAACCAGACUCCCUAAAUCAAUUCAGCGCAUUGAUUGCUCUUCCAUUUUUCUUCUUCGCUAUCAUUUUUCUGAGUGUCGCAAAAGUUCGCUCAAGAAUCCUAUUCAAUUUUCUUCGAGUUUUCCUGAUUCUCCUGUUUGCCCGAACUAUUGCUCAUAUUAUCAAUCGAUUGUAUUUUUAUGAUUUUAAGGAUGUUAUUCUAUAUUUUUUCAGUGAGUUUGAAAAAAAAAUGUUUUGAAAAAAAACACCCAAAUUUUUUUUAGAACCUGAUUUGUUUUGCAUAACUGGAACAUGUGUUAGAAUUAUCACUUUUACUAUAAAUUUCCUGCUGAUGGUAAGUUUUUGAAUUAUUUAGAUUCGUAUUUAGAUUUUGUUUUUAAUGUACCUGGAUUUCAGAUUCAUCCAAAUCGAAAACCGAAAAAAAUAAAGUUUUAUUGA